AUGGUCCCCUUCAACCGUCACAGUUAUGAUGUCGAGAGUCAAGAAAUAGGGAGUUUUGGGAAGUUGCCUCGGUUAUCCCAGGAAGAUGAUACAGGAAAUAAAUCUGAGGCAACCAAUCGACUUUGUAUUCCAACAGCAAACGAUCAAAUGCAGGAGCUUGCAAAUAUUGAAUCUCAAUAUUCGGAGCUUAUUAAACCUCAUACAAAUCCUAAAAGGACAAAGACAACAAGUCAUGAUGUAGUACGCAAUGAACCAUCCAGAAACUCUCCAACCAAAAGUUUGAAAGUUCGAGUAAGCUUCUGGAUUGGUGUGACGCGUCAUCUUCUAAUUCAGGAAACCCCAUUCAAAGGAAAGAACCAUGUAGAUGAUCUCGCAAGGAGAAUGUUGAGCGCUAAUCCAACAACGGUCUCAAUUUAUCAGAAGUUACCGUUUUUUCAAGUUGGUCAAUUUUCAGGGGUUCAGGCUUUGGUUGAUGCUGUUGUAGGGGCAACAAAAGUGCAUAUAAUUGAUCUAUCGAUAAAACAAGGCUGGUGA